AUGAACGGGAGAGAGAGCCGGGUUGCGCUCGAGGAAAAAGGGAACGACGGUAGCAAAGGAGCAGUGGCUUUGUCUCUCCCCUUGAAUCAGCAGUUGCAAAGCAUCCCUAUCCCCAUCUCAUUCCCCACCGGAGAGAUCUUUGAUGGCAAAGGGCUGAAUAGGGACGACGGCGACUACGAACGUCAUGGCCACCGCAUUGAUGAGUUUCAGUCGGGAGGAUCAAGAACAAUCAGUAGGACAAGCUCGCUAGCUGGAGGUUGGAAGUUGUUUCCUGGCGUGAAGGUGUCGCGUUGA